ACACAAGACAGCAAGGUCGUGCGUUAACGCGCUCUGAAGCAACACCGAGCCGACUGCCGCGCAAAGCUCCCGAGACUCACGCGCAAUUUCAACAGUGACUGCGCUGGCGAGGCCGUUCCUUCUUUCUCUCUUUCAGACUCACAUACACACACCCCUUGAACACGCACAUUCGCGUCCAGUUUGUUGAGCUUGGGGAUCUAGUGACUUAAUUUGGUGUGCAAGACGAAUCCCACAUCAGAGAGCAAUAGAAGAUAAAGGCACCGUCAGCUCGCUCAAAUCAGAGGCACUCAAUGGCGGUACCGGUGAACUUCUGUUGUCUAACUAUCCUAAGCGCAUACUUUGCGCUUACGGCUCAAGCGGACUGUGGCACCGACUGUGCGUUCUGCGCAGUGCAGGAGAGAUUCCGAAAAUCCGACAUCAACCCAACAAUGUGCAUGUGGCAGUGCGAGGCCGACUUCUCCGGCGGCAGCUCGUGGGGUCCGUGCCGAGACCUCCUGCAGAGCUCCAGCGCCGCCGCCGCCGCCACGGCCGCCAGCGAGAGCGAGGACGUGCCCGCCGAGGCCGAGCCCCAGGACGGCGCCCCGCACCAGCUGGCCAAGAAGUACGGCGGCUUCAUGAAGCGCUACGGCGGCUUCAUGAAGCGCUACGGCGGGUUCAUGAAGCGCUACGGCGGCUUCAUGAAGAAGAGCGACGAGACGUACGGCCUGUCGCCCGGCGACGUCCUCGACGACAACGUCGACCACGGCCGCGAGAUCCUGACGUUCCGCACCGAGCGGGGCGACGGCGAGAGGGGCGCGGCGGACGCUCUCAGCCUGCUGCGGGAGCUGCUCGCCGCCAAGGGCGCGGACGAGGCCGGCGGCGUCGUGGCCAAGCGCUACGGGGGGUUCAUGCGGAGGGCCGGCGCGUAUGACUCUCUGAGCGGGGGGGCCCGGCCCCUGCAGAAGCGCUACGGCGGCUUCAUGCGGCGAGUGGGCUGGCCCGAGUGGCUGGAGGAGAGCAAGCGCUACGGGGGGUUCAUGAGGCGCUCGGCUGGGGCUGAGGAGGGGGCGGAGGGGGAGGCCGCGGAGGAGGAGGAGGAGGAGGGGGCGCCGGAGGAGCAAGAGCCAGAGAUGGAGAAGAGGUACGGAGGAUUCAUGGGAUACUGAGCUGCCUACAGACUGAUCGAAUGAUUGAGACAUCUUCGGUUCCGUCACUCCGUUCGCCUUGUUCUCCGUUCUCCUCGUAUCUGCUCUGGUUUCGGUCCUGUUCUGCUUGGUCCCGGUUCUGCUCCUUCUUCUCGUUUGGCCAUGUUCCCCCUCCUGACUCCAUCCGCUGAGACUCCAGACAUGUGCAUGUGUGCAGGUGUCCACUCGGAUAGCAAAACAUAGACAUGUGCAUGCAUGUACACUGGCACAUGCGCACAAACACAGCUCUCACCCCUCUGUACUCUGCCCUGAUCAUUUCUGUAUUUAUCUGGCCCUUUCCUCUUCACAGACACUCUCUCCCUAACAGCUGCAUGUUGAAAUUAAUUGAAACACACGAAACACAAAGGCCCACAUUUAAUAAAACUGCCAAUCAAAACAAAGCAUUACUGUAACCCUGGUAACAGUUGAAUGUCACUGUGAUAUUCCGCAAUCAAAAUGUUCUAAUCAAAACUGUCACUUUUACCACACAACCCCUCAUGACAGCCCAUUCUGCUCCCCUGUUGCCUGUACAGAUCUCUCAUGAAUGUUAGUGCCAGAGUUCAUUCUGAUUUGUGGUUGUAGAUCCACGUACCUCUUUUGUACUCAUAAGUCUCUUUUUUUUUAUUUGUGUGUCUCCUGUCUGAAUCACAUAGCUGUACAGAUGAAAUAAAGUGGUCUAACUGCA